AUGCUCACCUUCCCCGCCCGGUACGCCCGAUGGCUACCUCUGCUCGCCGGAGCUGUCCUCAUUUUUCUAUUCCUACACCUCCGACACACUGGGUUCGGACUGUAUACGCCACAAGUAAUCACCGAACCACCCGUCAAAUCAUCUAAUCAAACACUCACCACACCCGAUGAAACGACUCCAACACCCAACAUCAAAACCGAUGAUCCCGAAGCUAUCAACGCAGACCCCACAUCCGCAACGUGCCGCCCACUUCCCGGCAUCGAAGAUAUCCUCGUCAUUCUCAAGACAGGCAUCACAGAAGCUCAAGAAAAAGUCCCCGUGCACAUCCGCUCCACCCUCCGCUGCAUCCCGAACAAACUAAUUGUCUCCGACUAUGAAGAAGACAUCGAAGGCCUCCGCACCCACGACGUCUUCCGCAACACCAGCUGGUCAGUCCUCGAGAAUGCCGACUUUGCACUAUACAACCGCGCAAAAGGUAGCGGCCGUGCAGGCCUGACAGGAGAAGACACAGUCAAGGUAGCCAACAGCGCUGCCGGAAUGAUGGGCAACCCGGGCUGGAAGCUGGACAAGUGGAAAUUUCUCCCCAUGGCCGUCGAGGCACGCAAUUACCAGCCCACUGCGAAAUGGUACGUUAUCCUCGAGGCGGACACAUACCCGAUCUGGCACACGCUGGUGGGCUGGCUAUCGAAGCUGGACUCGAACCAGCGAUUGUAUCUCGGAAACCAGAUGCAGAUCGGGGAGGACGUGUUUGCGCACGGCGGGUCGGGCAUUGUGCUCUCGCAUGCGGCCAUGCAUGCUCUUGCGGAUGAGUACGAGGAGAACAUGGAUGACUGGCAUUUCAAGACGGAUAAGCACUGGGCAGGCGAUUGUAUUCUGGGCAUGGCGCUCAAGGCCGUCAAUAUCCCGCUCACAUGGUCCUGGCCACAUGUUACCGGGCAAUCGGUCUGGGAGCAGGAUGCCAUCAACGAGGCCUAUGGGAGGACGCAAUGGUGCUACCCACCUUUUACAUUCCACCACAUGACACCAGCGGACAUUGAAAUGAUGUUCAGAUUCGAUACAAACUGGCACGCUAAAGAAAACAACGGCUACCUCUUAUAUAAGGAUGUCUUCCGCCUCCUCACCCGCCCUAAUUUAACAGACACAAAACAAAACUGGGACAAUUUCGCUCCGCAAAAGCUCGAAAGAGAAGAUGGCAACAGCGCACCGUGGACACACUACGAGUGCGCUGAGGAAUGCGCCAAACGCACAAAGUGCAUGCAGUACCGCUUCGACGAGGCUGGUACUUGCAAAAUCGGUGACCUUGCGCUCCGCGGCCGGCCUGCAGCCGACGUGACGGCUGGCUCGAUGAUCUGGAGAAUCGACGAAAAAGUCCGUUCUUUGGGUGAUUGUGAGAGCCCGCAGUGGGCGUCUCCAUGA